AUACCACUACGAAGACUUAAUGAGCAUCAAGAUUUGGUAUACCACUUCCACAAAAGUUUUGACAGCAAGGCUCGUGGUCAGGCCGGGAGAACGUGUAUUUAUGGAGGCCGCCAUCUUUAAAAGAAAGAAAAUCAACGAGGGACUGGCGGGCUGCAACCAUCUGCUUUCAAUUGAAAGACCUGCCGUCCUUGGUGACGAUCGUGUACGGAAACUGGAAGUCCCAUUUGGAUCACCUCAUGAGGCAGAAAUAGCUCACAAGUCAUUGAGUGUAGAUCCUGAACCAAGUCGGACGCCAACAUUCUCUCGUGGUAUUUAUGGAUUUGUGCUCUACUUGGCAUCCUAUUUGGGGCUGGCUCUAUUCCUCAUUUGGGCAUAUGUUCCUGAAAAUGUGCUGCCAAUGGGCUCCUUGCCCAGCAAGUAUUGGGCAAUUGCAAUCCCAGCAUUCUUCUUUACAGCACUGAUUCUGUUUGUUUUCUGUUUUUAUCCUGGCCUUAUCUUGCUCAUGACAUCCAACCUCGAAGAUUCUCACACCAUCGUCGAUGAACAUUCCAAGGCCCUGCAAGCUGUAACUGCUGAUGACGGAGAUCCUCGCAAGAUUCCUCCACUUGCCGACAUCCCAUUGUGUGAAGGCAACAGCUAUUAUACUAUUCAUAUCCCUACUACUUGCCCUUCUUUUGAGUUCAAGAGCUGGGCCAGCCUAGAGCAGUGGUCAGCAAGAGGUAGUUCACAGACCAGAUCCAAGCCCUGUGAAAUUCAGUUACUGACCACUGGCUUAGAGGCUCACUGCUCAGAUAUCAACAUCAGA